CUUCUGUCGCCCCGAGAUCGCCUCGGUUGUCUUGACUCGCAACAGCAGCGUAAUGAGAAUUGCAGAAGUUGCAGAGACUGGGGCGUGGUGUCCUUCUUGCUACUGCCUGUCGAGGUACAGCUGAAAAUAAAUAAAUUAGCCAACAGACCAGAAAGACUGCUCUGGGCGUGAAGGAAUGCUUGCAGGAAGUAGCUUAUCAGAAGAAAUGCUUGCCUCAGACUGAUGGAGGGGUUCCAGCUGCUUAGCACAUUCAUCUGGCAGGGUGUGCUGAUGUGGGGGAGAGAUUGAGGGUUCAGCGCAUCCUGAGGUGCUUCCUUUCCCAUGGCUGCAGUGGGAACGGAGAUGCCGUAUUAAUUUCUCAACCUGGUGAAAAGGAACCGUCUGGCUUUGCCAACGAGGGAGCCUUGGAGACUCCUGGAGGAUCAUCCUUGUGCCAGGCUAAUCUCACUACAGGAUCAAUGAAGAUGUUUUUCAUCUUCUGGGUCUUGUGCUGUCUACCAGGGAAUUCACUGGGAAAAAGAACACCAGUCAUUCAGCAAGCAACUUUUUUGUCCACCAACUUUGAAAACAUCUUCUCAUGGAAGGUCACGGAGGAGACCCCCCCAGGCACGCUCUAUGAUGUCCAGUAUAACAAGUAUGGGGAGACCUGGCAGAAUAAACCUGAGUGCCAAAAUAUCACCCAGAACUUCUGCAAUCUCACUCAUGAGACUGAGGAUUUCAAUGAACGCUACUAUGCCCGAGUGAGAGCCAUUGUCCCCAACUGUUGCGUCUCUGACUGGGUCAGGUCCUACAGAUUCUGUCCUCGUGAAAACAGUAAAUACAUUGGCCAAAUCCAGAAAAAACCUGAUGUAAAAUAUACACUCAGCGUUCAAUCCAUCAAGUUUGUUAUUCAGCCUCCUUACACACCUUUCAGAGAUGAGGAUAACUUCCCUCUGACUGUAGCGGACAUUUUCAACCAACUUGAUAUUGUUUUCCACUAUGAAAUAACAAUAUUCUGCACAAAGACUCAGCUGAUGUGGACAAAAAUUGAAAGGAAUGAGGAAUUUGAAAUCACAGACUUGGAUCCUGACACUGAAUACAAUGGAACGAUAUCCAUCAUAUAUUCCGACAAAAUCAGCAAGCCCUAUGUGUUUCAAGUACGGACGUUAUCAGAUAACACCUGGCUGCCGUAUUUGUUUGGAAUGCUUAUAUUUCUCAUCAUAUUUAUCUUUGGAACUGUAUGUUACUUCAUUUGUAAAUAUGUUAAACAACACACCAUUCAGCAGCCCACAUCUUUGGAUUUCAAAGACAUUUCCCGUUUCCAGCCUCUCAUAUUAAAUGUGGAGUAUGCCCUGAGCCCUUAUGAUUUAUCCAAGUUUAUCCAACCAGAGGUGCAUUCAGCAGAGGUGAGCCAUCACAUCUGGGGCAUGCCAGAAGACCAAAAAUUAUUCAAUCCAACAGAGACAGGUUACCAACAACAGUCCAAAACUUCACCAUUCCAGUCUCCUGCUCAACGCUCAGAUCUUGCAGUAGGUUAUGCACCACAAGUGAUCAAGAACAGUCGGCUGCGGACACUACGGGUCAAUCCUUCCACAUUAACAUAUGGAUUAUGCAUUGAAGGGGCCACCCUCAAGGCAAACCAAGUGAUUAAGCUGGAUUCUUUUGUAAGCAAUGGACACUAUAAAGCCCAGAGACCGGAAAGGACCAACCAAGAGUUGCAGGAGACCAAGAUUCACCAGGAGGCAGGGUUGAUAGUGGAAACCAUCCCCCAGAUUCAACAUUUCCCACUUCAGGAAGACUCAAAAGGUCUGCCACAGGAGUCUCCCUGCCUUCUGGGGGAGUGGAUACCUGCCACCGUGGGUGGAAGAACAGGAAGCUACAGAAAGCAAGCAGAAUUGCCACCUUCCAGCUUGGAAGCAGGCCAGAAUGCUAUCUUGGAUGGAGGUGAUUCUCUGUUGUUAACUGAUCCACCACCACCCUUAUUUCCACCCUCUUCUUGCAACAACCUCCCUCAGGGUCACAGCACAGGGCAACAACCAACCUUCAAUCUGUUAGCCUGGACUGAUAAUUUUUUGCAUUCCAACCCUUUUGGAUUCCAAGUCACAGACUACUUAGCUCAAGGAAACCAGGGGUUGAAAAGUGAGCCUCAGUCUUUAGAUAUUGCCCCAAAUACCCAGGAUUCUAAUCAGAUCAACAAACCUCUCCCAAGUUUGUUCAGAGACUUGGAGCUGAAGCUACAGUGGGACUGCAGGCCAGAGGAAAAUGCAGCAACUUUUUAAGCAAUGCAAAGAGUUUGGAAAUUUCUUUCUACAAAAUAGAGUGGAAAGCAGAUUCUUUUUUUCUAAUGAACUCUGAUUCCUCUGUACGAGUUGCACUUCUACAUCUUAAAAAGGAGGAAAAUUCAGAAAACUGCAUUCCACAUUUGUAUUCAUACAGGCUCGAUGGAAAAGUGAAAGCAGAAUGAAAUAAAUAUUGUUCUAGGUUUGAUAUAUAA